CUGCGCUUUAAUUUCGCAUGGUUUCAGGAGGCGGACUUGAUGUUUUCGUACAUGACACAUUCCAGAUGCCUGGGUUACGACCGACACCAUAAUCGAUAUUGGCACAUGCCCGAAUUGAGCGCGAAUAUCCUUGUUGAAAGCGGCUGGGCAGUUCCCCUUCCACGGCAUGAACGUAAAGAGAUACCGUCGUCUGCUCCGAUCGUUAGCAAUUUCGUGUAUGCCAGUGAUUUGAGUCAGCUGCACUACUUGCGUGCAGAUGGAAAGCAUAGAAAAUGCGAUGCAACAAUGAUGUCGGCGCCGGGAAAAGAGGUGCAGUGGAAGAUGUACGCUCCGGAUGAACUGAUACAACUAUCUGCGUCCCUCAACUGUUUGGGAAUUCGGGAGAAGGCGUUACGAGUGCAGAUAAAUAAAAUUAAGAACAUGAUAAAAAACACAGCUCGGCCGCAGCCAGUGUUUGUGGAAGACGCCAUGGAAGCCUUGAAAUCCUGUGUGAGGAUUUUAGCGAGUGAAUUGGAGAAGGCAGAAUUCUUGACACAAGAGUUGCCCGAGGAUUGGGAGGCCAAACUUGAGACGGCCACUUGCUCUAAACUAAAAUCCAUCAUGUCCACUUUGUUUUCGCUCAUUUCUAAAGUCAUGAUUAAGAAAGAAUUCUCUCUGGCGGAUCAGACAUGGAAGGAAAUUAUCGGAGAGACGAACAGUAUUUCCCGACUGUAUUAUUUGUGCAAAAUGGUCGACUGGUCGAUACUGUGGGGUACGGGAUUGGAAAACGAAGGCUGCAAAGCCUGCGGCAAGCCACAAUGGCUGAAAAGUCUGCGUCGAUGCCUGGGCUGUGGUGACGUCUUCCAUGAAGGAUACUGUAUGGCCUUCUACACCAAUGUGUGCGCACCUUGUGCCGGAUGCGCCGGCCGCGAAAAGCGCACGGCAACAAAUAAUGUUUGCUAUAAAGAAAUGGACGAAGAGGCCACUUCGAAAUCGGAGCGGGGCGACGAGAACUGGCUGCCCAUGGAAACAGAUGAAACGGGCAGUGUCAGCGGGAAGCGCAAAUUGGGAUCGGAGUCGGAUGGGGAACGGGAACGCGUACCUAAUAGCCGCUAUCAGUUGCGGGGUGUGGCGGGGAUGGAGGGUGCAUUGUUGGACGGGUUGGCUUAAAGCUGAAUUUCGGAGUUCCAAGAAAUCUCCAUAAUCAAUAGUGGUCGCUUAUUUUGUAUUGCGUAAGUGUUGGCCUAAAAUCGAGUACCCGAAAUUUAAGCCUUUUACUUUCUUUUGAUCUUUGGAAAAUUCUGAUUCCCUCGGCUUUGCCUUUUUAGGAUUGCCUCGUUAAAUCUGGUAUAAAGUACUAUAAACUGGUAG